AUGGAGGUGGGGCUGGCUGAGGGCUGGGCGUGUGCAGACAGUCAUGCCCUUGGAGUGCCCCUGAGCGCCAUCGACUCCCCCAGAGCUGGCCAGUCCGCAGGAGCCCUCUGCAGCAGCCCCCAAUGGGAGGGGUCCACCGCCCCCGCUCCCUGCCUCCUGGGGUGGCCACUCAGCCAAGGACAGGGCCGCCUGCCCACCUGCCAGGCCUGGGUGCUGCCUGGCUGGCGCCGCUGCUGCCGGGGUGCACUCCACUGCCAGUUCAGCAUGCUGGGUGCCACGCUCCUGCUGCUGGCCCUGCUCCCCAGGAUCGCCUCCGCGCCCAGCGGGCCGCCUGCGCCUCCGUUCCCGGCGGCGCCCCGGCCCUGGCUGCGCCGACCCCUCUUCAGCCUGGAGCUGUCGGACGCGGAGGACGCCUUCCCGCGCCGCGCGGGGCCGCUCGAGGUCCCGGCCGACAGCCGCGUGUUCGUGCAGGCGGCCCUGGCCCGUCCCUCCCCGCGCUGGGGCCUGGUCCUGCACCGCUGCUCCGUGACGCCGUCCUCCCGCCCGGCCCCGGGGCCCGCCCUGGCGCUGCUGCGCGGGGGCUGCCCCGCCGACUCCUCGGUCGUCCUCCCGCCGCCGUCGCCGCCGCCGUCGCCGCCGCGCCCGGGCGCCGCCCGCCCCGUGCGCUUCAGCUUCCGCCUGCGCCCGGUCUUCAACGCCUCGGUGCAGUUCCUGCACUGCCAGCUGAGCCGCUGCCGCCGCCUCCGGGGAGCCCGCCGGACGCCCGCGCCUCCUACGCUACCGCCGCCUUCGCUGUGUCAGCCUCAGGACGAGGCGUGCUCGGGCGGCGGCGGCGGCAGCGGCGAGAGCCUGGGAGCCGCCGGCCCCCACCUGCACACGCUGACGCAGCCCAUCGUGGUCACCGUGCCGCGGCCGCCCCCCCGGCCACCCAAGGGCGUCCCCGGCCGAGCCGUGCGCCCCGAGCCUCCUGCCCAGGCCCCGGCGGCCCUGGAGCCCGCGCCCGUGGUGGCGCUGGUGUUGGCCGCCUUCGUGCUGGGCGCUGCGCUGGCCGCCGGGCUCGGCCUCGUCUGUGCGCGUUCAGGUACCAACCUCGGGCUCGCCGGGUCUUCCGCGCGGCCCCCGGCCCGUUCCCGCGCGCCCAACCGGCGGGGCCUGGCCACGCGUAGAGCUGCCGGCGCCACGCCCGCGGCGGCCCCCAGGGGGCGCCCUUGGCCCGGCCCGAGCGCGGCACCCUACGGCUCCGCAGCCCGCCCGCCUCUCCUUUCCAGCGCCCCCAGCCCCCGGCCCUGCCCCGAGGGACUCGCCCAGCGGCCCCCAGCCCAGGAGGCCGCAGUGAGCAGACUGCUGGCGGCCAGGGAUGGGCCGCGACGGGGGCGGCCUGCGUGGGGUCCUCUCCUCCGCUCAGCCCGGGGAGCCCCUCCCCGGGGACGGAGACGCCAGCCACGGCCUCGAACCAGGCCCACCAGGACCGGACCGGCCGCGGUCGACCUCGGACCUGCUCCCUGAGCCCUCCCGCCCCGCCCCUCCUCGCACCCUCCCAACCCGGGCUCCAAAUAAACAUCUGGUCUGACCCGCUGAGUUCUGAGGUCUGCGUGUGCGCUUGGCGCGGGUGUAGGGGGCAGG